AUGGCCAACGGGCGAGCUGUCGGCCUACUCUUGGGUGUGUACAUCUCGCAGCAACCGUUGCUUUCGUCUGCUCCAUACAUUCUCUCACGAAACAUGGACUCUGAGCGCAUCCAGCGGGUACACCGCGCCUUCUUCCCCACCCAUGGUCCCACGCCACUGCGCUCCGUGCCCGACAUUGCGGCCCAGCUGGGCGUCAAGGCCGUCUACGUAAAGGACGAGUCGCAGCGGUGUGGGUUGCCGGCGUUCAAGAUUCUCGGCGCCAGCUGGGCCAUUGCCAGCCUCCUGUCCGAGCGGUGGGGUGUGGACCCCUGGGACAUUGAGGCGCUCAAGACAAUGGCCAAAGAGGAGCCCGGCUUGACCAUCUUCACUGCCACGGACGGAAACCACGGACGCGCCGUCGCCCGCACUGCUGCGCUUUUGGGCCUCCAGUCACACAUCUACGUGCCGGCCACUGUCGAGCAGUGGUCGAUUGACGCCAUCAAGUCGGAGGGCAGCGGGCCCGUCACGCCCGUGGACGCAGACUACGAUGGGGCCGUGGCCGCGGCGUCGGACGCGUCCGAUGCCGCCGGCAGUCUCGGUGUGCUGAUUCAAGACAUGAGCUGGGACGGAUACCAGCUCGCUCCUGCGAGGAUCACGCUGGGAUACAUGGCCAUUUCGUCCGAGAUUGAGUCGCAGGCGUCGAUCCCACCCACCGCCGUCGUCGUCCCCGUCGGCGUGGGCAGCCUGGCACACUCGGUCGUGCAGUGGUUCCACCGCCCGGAAUCGACAAAGUCGACACGCAUCAUCACCGCCGAGCCGGACGCCGCACCGUGUCUGCACGAGUCGCUGAAGAACGGCAAGGAGACCACCACGCCCGGCACGAGGUUCACCGUUAUGCCCGGCCUGAACUGCGGGACAGUAUCGCCAUUGGCCUGGCCGGACCUCCAGGCGGCAGUCAAGCCGCAGGACGCCAUGGUAGUCACCGACGUCGAGGCCGAGCAGGCCGUCAAGGACUUGAUCGCCAACGGCGUCUCCGCUGGCCCAUGCGGCGCUGCGCCUCUUGCGGCGGCACGUAAAGUUCAGUUCAAGGCCGACGACGUCGUGGUUCUCAUCUGCACCGAGGGACAGCAGGACAAGUAG